AGCAGAAGAAGAAGAAAUCGAAGAAGAAGAAGAAGAAGAAGUUGGCCAACAUGGCGGCGCUGUACAAGCUGUCUCUGAAUCUGGACAGGCUACUGUCUGUGAAGUUUGCUCCAUGCCGGUCCGGAUGCUGUGCAGUGACGAGCCGAGCUCUGUACUCUGCUGUUGUUAAUACCAAUGAAAAGACUUUUGAUAAGAUCCUUAUCGCCAACAGAGGAGAAAUUGCUUGCAGGGUGAUGAAAACAUGUAAGAAGAUGGGCAUCCGGACUGUAGCUGUUCACAGCGACGUUGACUCCAGUGCUGUUCAUGUAAAAAUGGCAGACGAAGCAGUCUGUGUCGGCCCCGCCCCCACCAGUAAGAGCUACCUGAAUAUGGACGCCAUCAUGGAUGCCAUCAGACUGACUGGAGCUCAGGCUGUUCAUCCUGGAUAUGGGUUUCUUUCUGAAAAUAAAGAAUUUGCAAAGCGCCUCGCUGCAGAGGGUGUGACGUUCAUCGGCCCAGACACUCAUGCCAUCCAGGCCAUGGGGGAUAAAAUCGAGAGCAAACUGAUUGCUAAGACAGCUAAGGUCAACACCAUCCCAGGAUUUGAUGGAGUUGUCAAGACUGCAGAAGAUGCUGUGAAGAUUGCACAACAAAUUGGCUAUCCAGUAAUGAUCAAAGCUUCUGCAGGAGGAGGAGGAAAAGGGAUGAGGAUUGCGUGGAAUGAUGAAGAGACAAGGGAAGGUUUCCGUUUCUCUUCCCAAGAAGCUGCCUCCAGUUUUGGAGAUGAUCGGUUAUUAAUAGAGAAGUACAUAGAUAAUCCCAGACACAUAGAGAUUCAG